AUGAUUCGAGUCAGAAAUGUAUUGUCCUGGAUCAGCUUAGUAGUUCUGAUAAUAGCAGUCUCCUCAGUUACCGUAGGAUUGGCAAGAAAGCACCAUGGGCGUCGGGCUGACCCACCACCAACACCUAAAGGUCCUACUACCCCAGUGGAUUUCCUAAAAAAUCGGCAAUUCUACAUCCGCCCAUGGGUAGAGCAGCUUCACGGCGUGGAGAAGAAAAUGGCUCUACCUCUUCCUAAAGACCACUGGGCCAAGAAGAUUAAACAUCUACUCAAACUGCAGCAGCAAAGGCAACCACGAAAAUAAUCAUCAUGUUAG